AUGGUCUCCUCCGGAUCCGCACUCUCGGCUUGCAUCAUGCUGCUACUCGGCAGCUUUGCGUUCGCCCGCGACAUGGACGAGAACACCGGCUACGUCACGAAAGUGCUGCACAACAACGAGAACGGUGGAAUCGACAUGUGGCGUGCUCCUGCUGCCACCUUGACUACUGCUGCUGCGGCGGCGGUUGACAGACGGAAUCCGAUGCCAAGUUCUGCUUCUUCUUCUUCAGCGUAUGAUCCGACGUUGGUCUCCCUUCUAUUCGCCAAGAAGCAGUGGGUUUUCUGUAAAGCCUACAUUAACCUACAUCCGACGGUGACGGAAACGGUCACCAAGACCACAUGCGGUGAUGGACCGGAGUGUAGUCCUACCACAGUGACUUCGGUGGUCGGUCUGACGCUCGAGACUACGGCUAUCGUGACAGACCCACCUCUGACUGUCACCAUCGAGCCGGUAUCAACAAUCACGACUACAGUGACCGAAACCGUUGCGAACCCCACGCUCACCUCCACCGUCGGCACGCCGCUCGUAACGGCCGCGGCCCGAAAACGCAAUGUCAGUCCACCGGCCUUUCUCAGCAGCUACGCGCCAGCCGCAAUCUCGGCGGCAUGUUCACAGCUAGUCAAGCACGUCAUCCACACCACAACAAAGACACAAACGCUGACUGUCACGGCCUUUCCCGGGACAGCGGCUCUCACAGAGACGCAGACAGCGACCACCACCGUUCUUACGACGACCACGCCGCUAGCCACCGUCACUGAUGCCGCAUCCACCACCACCGUCACCGAGACCGAAACCAGCACGACCAUCAGCACCGUUUGCCCGGCGCAACAGACCGCAGCCGGAAUGACAGCCGCAGGUGGCAUGGACGUGCUCAAGGACCAGGCGGACGUAGUCGCGUGCUGCUCCGCGUGCUACGACUCCGCCGCCGGCUGCAGUGGCUGGUACUUCUACGCGCCCCUGGGGUUCUGCACGCUCGCGUCAGCGUCGGAGUCGACCGAUCCGUCCGCGCAAUGUCCGUCCGGACUUGGAUCGGUGGGGAUUCUCCCCGGAACCGUCACUGACGAUGGAUUUGGCGGUCUGGGUCCUUGUUUCGGCGGAGGCCAGGUUUAG